AUGCAGUACAAGUCGCUCACAGCCCUCCUCUUUGCCAGCAUGGCCAUCGCCGCUCCGGCCGACACCAAUACCGAGUCCGAAUCCGCAGAUACAGACUCGGAAUUCACCAUUCCCUCCUCUAUUGCCGUCGUUCUUGCAACCGGCAUCCCUACCUCGUUCUGGGCCGAAGCCACCAACACCGCUGCUUUCCUUUCUCAAGUCGAGCAAGGAAUUGUCUCAAACAACUGGCCCAGCUGGUACAGCAGCCUCCCCGACAGUGUGAAGGAGUAUGUAACCACUGCGGUUGAAGAUUAUUAUCCUUCCUUUGCAUCCUCCAUCGCCGCCGAGAUCACCAGCUCCGGCGCUAGCAGUUCCAGCCCCAGCACUGCCGAGGCCACCUCUACGGGUGCUUCUAGCUCCGAUGCUUCAUCCUCUGAGGCCUCGUCUUCUGCCGAUUCGUCUUCUACUAUUACGGAUUCACCGUCCUCCUCUGCUGCCACCAGCUCGGAUGCUGCUUCUUCCUCUGCUUCGGCUUCAGAGUCCGGAUCUGCUUCAUCCACUUCUGCCGAUGGUGGUGCCGCCCCUACUGGUAUCGCUAUGAGUCUUGUGGGCGCUGCUGGUGUUCUGGGUCUUGCUCUCGCCUUGUAG